AUUUUAACACCUCCUACUGGAGUGUGUGCAGCAGCGGCAGAGCUGUUACCUAGAUACAGCCGAGAGACGGAGCGACCUGCUGGAUACUGGAGCAUCAGUCAGUCAGUCCGGGGAACAGGAGGAGGAAAAGUCCGGCAGCAGCGCACGGAGGAGCGGCGGAGGUUUUGGAGGCGGACGAUGAGAAUGAAGCGCACCCUGACGCACGCUACAGCCGCUCUGCUCGCCUCGGUUCACCGGUAAAUCCCGAGCGGAGAGAGGAGUCCUCCCUGGAGGAGAGCGCGGAGAGGAAAGUCUCAGCUCAGAGAACAGAUGGGCGGGAGCUGAGACGGCAGAAGGACAAAUCGUCAGGAAGAGCACGUCCAUGGAACUUCCCGGGGUGGAGAUGACGGCUGAGACGUGGGAGAACGGCAGCCUGGCCAGCCCCUCGCCCGGCCUCCCUCUGUUUCUGCUCAUGUUCAAUGACAGCGAUCUGAACGAGACACUGUUCAAUUCCACCAACUCCACCAUCCCAAAUGUCUCCUCAGGUCCCAGCGUGGCAGGGAUCCUCAUCCCACUCAUAUACAUCAUUGUUUGUAUCAUCGGCCUGGGCGGAAACACUUUGGUGAUUCACAUCGUGCUGCACUACUCCAAGAUAGAGUCAGUGACAAACAUCUACAUCCUGAACUUGGCCAUCGCUGAUGAGCUCUUCAUGCUCGGCCUGCCCUUCCUGGCCGUUCAGAACACCCUCCAGUCAUGGCCCUUUGGCUCCUUCAUGUGCCGCCUGGUCAUGGCUGUCGACUCCAUCAACCAGUUCACCAGCAUCUUCUGCCUGACGGUGAUGAGCAUCGACCGCUACCUCGCCGUGGUCCACCCCAUUCGGUCCUCAAAGUGGCGGCGUCCUCAGGUGGCCAAAGUGGUGAACGGCACCGUGUGGGCGCUGUCAUUUCUUGUUGUUCUGCCGGUGGUCAUCUUUGCAAACAUCCAGAAGCCAGGAGGCACCUGUAACAUCGCCUGGCCUCAGCCGGCAAAAAUCUGGAGCGCUGCUUUCAUCAUUUACACCUCCACUGUUGGAUUCUUCUGCCCUCUUCUCAUCAUCUGCCUCUGCUAUCUGCUCAUCGUCUUCAAGAUCCGCAGUUCAGGUAAAAAAGUCCACGCCACCUCCACCAAGCGGAGGAAGUCGGAGCGCAAAGUGACACGCAUGGUUGUGAUAGUGGUUGCGGUGUUUGUCUUCUGCUGGCUGCCUUUCUACGCCCUCAACAUCAUCAACCUGCUGGUGUCCCUCCCUGAAGAGUACCAAGGCCUUUACUACUUUGUCGUGGUACUCGGCUAUGCUAACAGCUGCGCAAACCCCAUCGUCUACGGCUUCCUGUCAGACAACUUCAAGAGGGGUUUCCGGAAAGCCCUCUGCCGCUCCACGAGGAAGGUGGAGAACCACGAACCCAUGGAGCACCAGCAGCCGCAGGAUGAGGGGAGGAGGGCACUGAUGCCCAGGGAGAGCCUGAGACGAGCCAUCAGGGACGAAGAGGACGAGGAUGAUGAAGAUGUCUCAGAAAUGACUGAGGUCUAUAGAAUCGCUCAGAACGGAAACGGCAGCUUCCAGACGAAGAGCUCACAGCCGCUGUUUGCAGAGAAAGGAGCGACUCCGGGAGCGACAGAGCUGUCGUCUCCAGACAAGAGGGACAACGCUGGAGACUCGAAAGGGAAAGAUUUCGCCAACGGGUCCUCGCUGACUGUCCCACUGCUGCUCAAUGGAGCCAAAAGUGGAAGCAUCAAAACUCUGCCAGAGGAUAACAUGGAACAGAGCACCUCACUGGAGAUAAGUUAUUUAUAGUGUAAAAUGUCAGUAUUAUGACAUUGGAUGGCCUGCCUCUAAUCUACUGUUUGUAAAGCAAAAAACAAAGAAAAACUCAGACAGGCCUUAACAAUGACAUUGUUGAUUAACAGACUCAUGUCCAUGAGUGUAUAAUGUGUAUAUACAGAAUGUGUAUAUACAGAAUGUGUAUAUAUGCAUGUAUGAAUGAAUGCAAAAA